AUGAGUACUCCAGCUGCUGAACAACGAAAGAUUCUGGAGCAGCUUAUGGGCAAGGAUUUUUUGUCCCGCGGUCAUCAUUCUUACGGAGGUGAAAUGAAGUUAAGUGACCCGAGAAUUUGCAAAAGUUACCUUGUCGGGGAAUGCCCAUAUGAACUCUUCAAAGGUACCAAGCAGAGCUUGGGGAAAUGCCCUAAGAUUCAUUUAGCCAAAUAUAAGUUGCAAUAUGAAAGAGAGCUGAAAAAUGGCAAGGAACAUCCUGAAUUUGAGAAAGAAUAUUACUCGAUCUUGUCCAAGUUUAUCAAUGAUUGCAAUGGCCAGAUUUCCGUAGCGCUCAAAAACCUAGAGCACACUUCAGAGGAACGUGAAAAGAUUCAAAGCAUGACGGGCGAGCUGGACUUGGUCGACACUCAGAUUGGGCUUAUGCUGCAAGAAAUCGAAGUUCUCACAUUGUCAAACGAAGUGGUGAAGGCAAUGAUUCAAUCUGUAAAGUUGCAGGAUCUGCAAAAGCACAGGCAAGAGGUUGCCAAAAAAGUACGAGACAUUACAGAAAAUGUGGGUCAAAGUGCACAACAAAAGCUACAAGUCUGUGAAAUAUGCGGUGCAUAUCUGUCCCGACUUGAUACAGACAGAAGGCUUGCUGACCAUUUCAUAGGAAAAAUCCAUUUAGGUUACGUCAAGAUGAGGCAUGAUUUAGAACAACUCAAACGAAAAUUGAAGGAAAGAGGAGAAGAUGUUACGAUUAAUAUUACUCCAUCGAGAAUACCCCAACAACAUCAUAAUCAUCCACCUAGAAUACAGUCAUACCACCGUGGUCAGUAUCAAUCAAAAUACAGAUCGAGGUCCCACAGAACUCAUUGA